AUGGGCCUCUCAACCUUCCUCGUCGACCGCAUCUCCCCUUGGACGGUAGUCUACACCUGCACCACAAUCACAGUCUACGCUCUUCGCCACAAUGUCUCAGACUUCCUCACCUACGCCCUCUUCCUCGGCUCCACGGCGCUCUUCAUCCGCAUCAUCAUACUCCACUACCUCGAAGAAUCCCGGAUCCUCGCACUGGGAACCCAAGCCCCCGUCAUCCGCACAAAGACUCCUUUCAAUACCGGUUUCAUCGCCCAGGCACUCUGGUAUUUCCAACACCAUCGGAACCAUGAACUCUGGUGGAAUCUGUUCUCCAAAGCGAACCCGAACCGCCCCUACACCGUCGAGACAGUGGUCCUGGGGCAACGUCUCGUGUUCACGGCGGAUGAAGAGAACAUCAAAGCCAUCCUGGCGACGAAAUUUCAGGACUACGGCAAGGGACCCCAAUUCCGCGUCGAAUGGAAAGAUUUCCUGGGAUUGAGCAUCUUCACGACGGAUGGGCAGCAGUGGCACGAUUCGCGAACUCUGCUGCGACCGCAGUUCAUCAAAGACCGGCUGUCGGAUUUGAAGACGUUUGAGCACCAUGUGCAAAUUCUGUUGCCGAUGUUGGAGGGCAGCCAGGCAGGCGCCACGGUGCGGUUCGAUGACCUGGUCUAUCGGUAUACGCUGGAUGCCGCGACGGAUUUCCUGCUCGGCAGGAGCGUGGAGAGCCUGCAGAACGGCGAAGCGGAAUUCGCCAAGGCGUUUGCGGAAGUACAGCGUGUGCAGGCCAUGAUUGCGCGAGCCGGACUGGUCCGACACCUGGUGCCGAAGAAGUCGUUCUACGAAGGGCUGGAUGUGCUGAAUAAGUUUGUGGACAAGUACAUCGACCAAGCCCUGGCUUUGCCACAGGAGGAAUUGGAGAAGAAGAGCAAGUCGGACGAAGGGUAUACUUUCCUUCACGCGAUUGCCACGUUCACUCGCGACCGGGCGGUGCUGAGAGACCAGCUCGUGGCUGUCCUGCUAGCGGGGAGAGACACCACGGCGACGACGCUCUCAUGGCUCUUCUACGAGCUUUCGAGGGACCCCACGAGGACGCAGAAGCUGCGACAAGAAAUCAUCGACCGCGUCGGUCUCGACCGAGAACCUACGUACGAAGACUUGAAAUCGAUGCGAUACCUACAGCACGUUCUGAAUGAGAUCCUGCGCAUGUACCCGGUCGUGCCGUACAACGUGCGUGUCGCUCUCAAAGAUACCACCCUGCCACACGGCGGCGGACCCGACGGAACCGACCCCAUCGGCAUCACCGAAGGAACUCCCAUCGCCUACUCGACCUUCAUCCUGCAGCGCCGCGAAGACAUCUAUCCCCCCCAGUCGAGCGGAUUCCCAGACCAUCUCAAGUUCGUACCCGAGCGCUGGGACGGCUGGACGCCCAAGUCGUGGACGUAAGUAGACGACCUGACCGCAAGCAGAUGACUAGACAUGCGUUCGUUCGCUGAUACUUUCAUCGCAGGUACAUUCCAUUCAACGGAGGCCCCCGAAUCUGCAUCGGCCAGCAGUUUGCCUUGACCGAAAUGGCAUAUUCGGUCACGCGCAUCCUGCAAACUUUCGAGAGGGUGGAAGACAGAAACCAGAGCUUCCCCGGGACCAAGACGGAUAUCGUGCUGCAGCCGGCCAACGGGGUUCAUGUUGCCUUCAUCAAGGCGAAGAAGGCUUGA